UCAUAAAAUGAGAAAAUUCAAAGAGAAACAGAAACAGUAUUUCCACAUCUGCUGAGAAAUUUCACAUAAAUGUUAAUAAACCAGCUCUAGUUCACCGGCUGCAUCCCUGUUAUCCUUUACUUUCAUGAAGUCACCUUCAUCAAGUUUUAGUUAAUGUUUGAAGCUCCUUUCCUAAUUUACUACGCACGUGAGAAGUUCCUCUGUAACUGUGCGAUCUGUCGACAACUGGAAUGAUUAACAGAUAAAACCUUUCUAUUUCAAAAACCUCUAACAAAACUAAAAUCGCCAAUGGGAAUGUGUCAAACUCUACUAAUUGUGGACAUUUGUCCGUCUGGAGUGAUUAUUGCUAUAGAGGUUGCAAUACCACAUUUCACUGACAUUCUGCUCCGCAGUUACAUUUUUUAAAAUAAAGUGUAUAUAUUAUUUGAUACAUUACAAUCAAUUCAGCUCUAGAUAUCACUGGUGGUGUACGUGUUAUGUUAAAACAACAUAUUCAGCUGUAAUUACCGCAAAAUGUUACAAUUAUUCGAACAGUGUGUCAUAAUUUUUUAAAGUUGUGCUGUUCUUUUAAGCCAAUAGUUUGAAAACUGCAACAGAAGCAUAAAAUGCCGGAAGCUCUUAGCAGGUCAGACAAUAUCAGAGAGAAAAAGAAAACGUCUUUCAGUCAGUCAGUCCAGGCACGGGAAUUGUGAGCGGAGCAAUCUGCCACCUGGACGUCAGAAAAGUUAAAUUCAAGGCAAGCAUUUAACAGGAUGUUACAUCAUCCGACAUAUAUCACCGAAGCAGAAAGUGCUCACAAAAAAGUGAAGACAAUGAAUAAUAAGUUAUUGUACGAUAUAUUAAAAUAAUUGACAAAGUAACAUAUUGGUCAGUAUAAUUGUACAUCUUGCCUGGGUGACCACGCAGUUUGAAUGUGUUAGCAGCUGCUUCAGAAAGCUGGUGCGCUGAGCAGGCGCGUACGUAGCUGGAGGGUUUGUGCAAGGAGAAUUUCAACAUCAAAGACAUCUUCCAGAGCGCCAUCUGCAAACGGAGCGGUGCUACUGUCCCACUCGGUGACUAUGUCCACCGAAAACAGAGCGGCAUUUCAGAUAUUUUUGCUGUAUUCCGUGAUGAUCUUUUCCACAAGGAAUCCCAGCCCAGAAGCUGCCAAGAUCCUCGUGGUCCCCACGGACUGGAGCCACUGGAUCAUCAUGAAAUCCCUGUUGCUGCAACUGGUGGAGAGGGGGCACGAGGUGACGGUGCUGAGGAGCAACAACUCACUAAGGAUUGAGGCAACAAACGAAGACUUCGCUGUCGAAACUAUCCGCAUUCCCGCAGGUAAGGCACGCAGAGCCCUCAGUGAAAGCGAAAUCCGUGAUAUUAUCUUCAACUUCAUCUACGUGGAAGACGGUUUCCUCUCCAGCAUCUCCGCUGUCCGCAGCUUAAACGCCGUGUUCAUCAUCAACUUUGAAGAGACUAUUCCGGCCAUUCAGGCUUUGUUCGAAGAUCACGCACUCAUGCACCGACUGAAAACUGGAGGUUUCAAUGUGAUUUUGGCCGACCCUUACCAUGCAGCCGGAGCCAUGCUGGCCCAUGUACUUGACAAACCGUUGGUGUUUUUUGGCAGGUGGACGAUAUCCGGAGACAUCCACUUUGACUUCGCCCCGUCGCCACUUUCCUUUGUUCCCAUGGUAAAUUCACGUUUGAGCGACAGAAUGUCGCUUUUGAGGAGAUUGAAGAACGUGCUGAUAUAUGGAAUGUCAAAAUUCCUAAACAACUUCUACACUUACUCAGCUUACAAUCAACUGUGUCAGCUUUACCUCAGUGGAGACAUUACCGUGGAAGAACUUUAUCGAAAGGUUGAUAUCGUCUUAAUGAAGGUUGAUUUUGUUUUUGAGUAUCCCCGGCCGACCAUGCCAAACCUGAUUUACAUCGGAGGUAUCCAGUGCGGUCCGGGGCGACCGCUCCCUGCUGAUCUGCAGCGAUUCAUGGACAAUUCUGGCGAGGAUGGCGUGGUGAUCUUCUCCUUGGGAAGUGCGGUCGGCAUGCUUCCGCGAGAAGUGGCGAGUGAAUUCGCGGCAGGACUGGCCGGGCUCCCUCAGAGGGUGAUCUGGCGGUAUAUUGGAGCACUACCCUCAACAUUGGGAAACAACACAAAGAUAAUGAGUUGGCUUCCUCAAAAUGACCUGCUGAGUCAUCCGAAAACAAAAGCGUUCAUCUCUCACGGCGGUGAGAAUGGGCUUUAUGAGGCCAUUUAUCAUGGGGUCCCCGUGGUUGGUAUUCCAAUUUUUUUUGAUCAAUAUGAUAACCUUCUGCGUCUCAAAACCCGAGGAGCAGCGGUCAUGUUAGACUUGGCUCACAUUAAAAGCGAUGAUAUUUUCCAUGCAGUGAAGACAGUCAUCGAAAACCCUUCCUAUGCAGAGAACAUGAAACGAUUAUCCGCCUUGCACCGGGACGUUCCAGUGCGGCCAAUGGAGCUGGCUGCUUUCUGGAUUGAAUACACAAUAAGGCACCGGGGGGCUCCUCAUUUUAGAGCCGUGGGUAAUGAUCUGCCAUUCUAUCAGUACCACUUACUGGACGUAUUUACCAUUAUUGUGGUUUUCAUAGGGCUUUUCCUUUAUCUUGCAUUUAAAUUUCUAAAAGCAUUAUUUGUCAAAGUGUGCUCGGGGAGGAAGAGGAAACUGGACUAAAUGAACAAAUGAGCUGCGGUAAGAAUAAGAGUUAGUUCAUUAUCGGUUUCCUCCCUCGCAAUGCACCAGACUUUGCUCUCUCUUGUCAACAGACAAAUGCAGAUUAAUCACCAACCUAUUCGUUCUCUUAAUGAGUCGUCAUCCUGCUUUCAAAGGUCAGAGGUCAGGGAAAUGUAUACAAUCUACAUAAAGCAAACACGAGGAAAUCUGCAGAUGCUGGAAAUUCAAAUAACACAUACAAAAUGCUGGACGAAGGGUCUCGGCCCGAAACGUCGACAGCGCUUCUCCUUUUAGAUGCUGCCUGGCCUGCUGUGUUCCACCAGCAUUUUGUGUGUGUUGUUAUACAAUAUACAUCCCGAAAUGCUUUCUCUUCGUGUCAAUAACGCAAAUAUUUUUGAAAACUUUCCGAUCAAAUCCAAUUCUCUCAACAGGUUUAAGAUUUUCCUUAAAUUGUCAUUAGAAAUAGCGAUUCUGAGCUUUGUGAAAUCAAAAUUAAUGGUUGUGAGGAGGUCCCUACCAUUUCACACACUUUCCUAAUAAUCCCGCCCUUGUCUGAGCAAACCCCAUUGUGAUAACUCCUUAAGAAAAAUUGGGUCAGAUAUGAGCACCUAGAAGCUACGCAACACGUGAUCUUCUGAUUGCAGAUCCAAUAGAAAUACACCGCUAUCCUAAUCAGAACUUUUCAACAAAGGGUCAAUUAAUUGUAGCGCUCACUGUCUUCCAGGCCAAACACUACCACAUAAUUUCCACCCCAAUUACGCCCACCACUUAAUUUUUAACAGUCAUUUGUUCAGGCUGCACACUUGCAGGUGUUGAGCCAGAGCAAAUUCCUUCUGGUGCUCUAUCAUCUCCUUCCAUUGGAUGCGAUGGAAACUUGUCUCCUCCACUCACGGUUUUACUGCACAGCUCUCCCCUGACUGAUCUUCUGUUUUUAUAACAGGAUGCAUGUUUUUGACAGAGGAGCAGAUAUGACAAGGUACCAUGAGACCAUAAGAUAUGGGAGAAGAACUAGACAAUUCAGCCAAUCAAGUCCGUUUCGCCGUUCCACUAUGGUAGAUCCAGGGUCGCACUGAACCCCAUACACCUGCCCCUGGCCAUAUCCUUUGAUGCCCUGACCGAGCAGCAAACAAUCAACAUCCGCCCUAAAUACACCCUUGGACUGUGGCAGAACAUUCUACGGAUUCAUUACUCUCUAGCUGAAAAAAAAUCUUCCUUACCUCCGUUCUGAACAGUCGCCUCUCAGUUUUGAGGUUGUGCCCUCUAGUUCUGGAGAGCAGCACCGUAGGAAACAUCCUCUCCACAUUCACCCUAUCUAGUGCUUUCAACAUCCGGUAGGUUCAAUGAGAACAGCCCCAGCCCGCAUUCUUCUAAAUUCCAGUGAGUACAGGCACAAAGCUGCCAAACGCUCUACCUAUGUUAACCCAUUCAUUACCGGAAUACACAAAGGAUUAAUGACACAGCAUCACUGCCAGAAACAUAUCUCUUUUUAUUUAACGCCAGGUUAUCCCCUUUUAUUGUUGAUUUUAUUAGUAUUCGCGGUUCCUGCCCGUAAGGCCGUGAUGUAAGUGAGGUACCAAUGUACUUUGCCAGUUUAGCCACACCCUAGGCUUCACUAUUCAUCAAAUAUGUGAAGCAGAUUUACAUACAAAUAAUAAUCAUCAUCCUAUAAGCAAUUUAAUACGUUCAAAAUGUUUAAAUUAACUAUUAAUUUAAUGUAGCGUACAGAAAGUUGAAGGUAAUGUCAUGGGCUUUGUCUUCAGUAAGCUGAAAAUGGUAGUGUUGUGUUAAAAUUACAAGUUAUUCUUGUUGACAGCGAUUAAACGAUUCGCCCUUUACUGUUAAUUAAAACACAAUCACGCAGACAUUUUCAUGCAUAGCUUAACACUCAUUGAUGAGGAGAGGACAAGCUCAGGAUGUACCUCAGAAUAGGCAUUUGUUCACGGCAAAGGUUGAGGUGGGUUGAAUAUCUGUCACAGUAUAGAAACAAGCCCAUUUCGUGUUGGCAAUGGAGUCUUUCAGCUGUCAUUUUUCAGCACCUGGAGCACAAAAAGAAGCCAGAUCUCCCAUCCUUAGUGGGAUGAAUUUUUGUACAGACUGGAAUAUUUUAUCUUCACACUUUUUUCCAUUCUAAAUUUGCAGUGUUAUGCACACCAGAGUUUCCUCAUUAUUUUUCUGACAGGCUUUUGACUGACAUAACUUAAAAAUUGUCCGGAAUCCGCGUUCCAGGUCUUGAUCUGGUCCAAGCCGGAUCCUGCAGUUGUCCCACCCGUCACCCGUGAUCUAAUUAGGACCCCCUGGUUCAAGGAGGCACACCUGUGACUCAUUGAGCUGCAGGUGUUUGUUCUGUUCGCCACCGAAUUCUUUUCUGUAUUCUGUUAUCCUGCCCGGGCUCACAUCUACUCCUCAUCAUGCUUCUCUGCCCUGUACCAGUACUGCCAGGUUGGUCCUCUCCCCCAUCUUUCUUCCCAUGCGCUGGUCCCGCUUCUCCACUCGUUUGUUUUGUUCGCACGGUCGCGCUCUGCUGGCCUUUCCCAAUUUUCCUGCUAUCAUGACUGUUGUGUUGGUCACCCUGGACCUAUUCCCGUUCCUACCCCUUGCCUCCGUCGGGCAGACCCGGCGGCGGUUCUGCCCCGUCCUCCUCUUCCGCCCGAACCCUGGGAUCGUGCCCCGCACCCGCCUAGGGGUCCGCGUCGUGUCCAGGCCUCCGGUGUUUCCACCUGGGAGGCGGCUCUUCCCGGGAUAUAUGCGGCCCGCCGAGGGAGGGCUCUCUGCCAGCCUAUCUAGCCACCUAGGCCUGCCUGCCUGAACCCCCGGAGCCUGUCUACCUGAACUCGAACUCCGGGAGCCCGCUCCGCUCUGUCUGCCUGACACUCUAUCUACCUGAACCCCAGCUCUACCCUUUAGUGCCAUGGCAUCCCCAUCCUGUCCUCCCCCUAGUACUUCAGUGUCUGCGUCCUGCUUUUGAGUCCAUCCGGCCGCGUUCCUGACAAAAAUACAUUCCCCGGUAUAGACUUCGACAUUAUUAACAUUACCGAGAUCACAUAUCUGAACCAAAAUCAAAUUUAUUAACAUUGACUUUUAUGACGUUUGGUAUUUUGCUGCAGCAGUAAAGUGCAGAUAUAGAUUAUUUAAAAAUUACUAAAUAAAUAGUGAAAAAGGGGGGAAUAAUGAUAUAGUUAAUGGACUGAUCACGAAUCUGACAGUGGUGGGGAAGAAGCUGUUUUUGAAUCGCCGUUUGUGGGUCUUCAGUUUCGAUACCUGCCCCGCUCCACCCCUCGUGGUAUUAACGAGAAGAGGACAUGCCCUGGAUGGUGAGAGCCUUCAUGAUGUGUAUGCCUUGAGAUCCUGCAUCUUUAAAAUGUCCCCCAAUGAAUAGAUGGGUUGUGUCCACAACUAAGCUUGCUGAGUCUACAACCCUUGGUAGCUUCUUGCGAUUGUGUGCUGGAACCUCCCUACCAGGCUAUAAUGCAACCAGUCAGAAUGAUGCCAUGGUACGUUUCUACAGAUUUUAAUGUCUGAAAUACAAAUUUACAGCCCAUACAGGCUCCUCGACCCACAGUGUUGUGCUGACCAUGUAACCUACUCCAGAGACUGCCUAGAAUCUCCCUAGGACAUAGCCCUCUAAUUUUCUAAGCUCCAUGUACCUAUCUAAGAGGCUCUUAAAAGACCCUAUUCUAUCCACUUCCACCACCGCUGCCAGCAAUGCAUUCCACACACCCACUGCUCUCUGUGUGAAAACCUUACCACUGACAUCCCCUCGGUAACUAUUUCCAAGCACGUUAAAACUAUGCUCCCUCGUGUUAGCCAUUUCAGCCCUGUGAAAAAGCCGCUGUCUAUCCACACGAUCAAUGUGUCAUUUUAUGGUCAUCUUCUUCACCUCUAUCAGGUCACCUCUCAUCCUCCAAGGAGAAAUGGCCAAGUGCAUUCGACCUAUUCUCAUAAGAUAAGCCCUCCAAUCCAGACAAUAUCCUCGCAAAUCUCAUCUGCACUGUCUCUAUCAUAUCCACAUCCUUCCUGUAGUGAGGCGGCCAAAACUGAACACAAUACUCCAAGUGGGGUCUGACCAAGGUCAGAGUGAAGUGAAUGAGGAGUUUGGCUGGCCACUCUGUAAUGGAGGGUAGAGAGAAUGAAGCAUUCAAAUUCUUAAUUGUCCUGGAAAGUCAGUUGAAAUUGUCAGGGAACAUGGAACAGUGCAGCUCCAACAUCACAGAGAUUCAAACUAAGUCUGGCAUCCAUUAAUUGCAAUAUGUUUAUUUUUUUCUUUUAUUUCUUAUAGUGUAUUUGCACAGUUUGUUGAUUUGCACAGGGGUGGUUUGUCUGUCCUGUUGGGUGCAGUUUUUUCAAUGACUUUAUUGUGUUUCUUGAAUGUACUAUGAAUGCCCACAAGAAAAUGAAUCUCUGCAUUGUAUAUGAUGACAUAUAUGCACUUUGAUAAUAAAUUUACUUUGAACUUCUGAA